AAAUGACUUCUGAUUAUUGAAGAGCUCGUUUGUGCUUGAUGUAAAUGUUAUUGAAGGAAACUCCGGGUAAAAGAAGCGUCCAUCCCUUCUGUAUGUGCAUUGAUGAAAGACUGUUUUUACGCCUGCUUGUUUUCGAUUUUAUUUUGAAAGGGUCGACGUGUAUGGCUGAGCGCUGGCUAGCCUCUAACGCUUAGUGUUAGCAAGUGCUUAAAUUGUGCUUCACAUUUGUUCCGCUGGUCAAAACGGAUUUUGGGAUUACAUUUUAACCAAGUAAAUGAAGCAUCGCCAGCUGCUCGGCUAAUAACAACACCUGCAGCCGCGGUUGUCUUUGUCACACGUUUUAAAAUAACUAGACCAAACAGAUAUUCGUCAAGAUGGAAGCAUCGGUGCCGAAGAGACGAGACAACAAGAAGUCACUACGCGUCAAAGUAAUAAGCCUUGGAAACGCAGAAGUUGGAAAGAGUUGCAUCAUUAAGCGAUAUUGUGAAAAAAGGUUUGUUCCUAAAUAUCUGGCCACUAUCGGCAUUGACUACGGAGUCACCAAGGUUCAAGUAAGAGACAGGGAGAUGAAGGUGAACAUCUUUGACAUGGCAGGACAUCCCUUCUUCUACGAGGUUCGCAAUGAGUUCUACAAAGACAGCCAGGGGGUGCUGUUGGUCUAUGACGUCGGCGUUCGAGAAAGUUUCGAGUCCUUGGAUGGCUGGCUCGGAGAGAUGAAGCAGGAGAGCGGCUCGACAUCCAACAUGGAGAACAUUGUUUUCAUCGUCUGUGCGAACAAGGUGGACCUGACUAAGCGACGAAUUGUUGAUGAAGGGGAAGGGCGACUGUGGGCUGAGUCUCGGGGUUUUCAUUAUUUUGAGACGUCGGCGCAGAGCGGGGAGGGAAUCAACGAAAUGUUCCAGGCUUUCUUCUCGGCCAUCACUGACAUGUGUGAGAACGGUGGAAAGCGUCCAGUAUCAGAAGUCAACGUUGGUUUUACUAAAGAGCAGGCUGAUACCAUAAGGCGCAUCCGGAGUAGCAAGGACUCAUGGGAUAUGCUUGGAGUCAAACCUGGGGCCACCAGAGAGGAAGUGAACAAGGCAUACCGGAAGUUGGCCGUAUUGUUGCACCCAGACAAGUGUGUUGCGCCUGGCAGUGAAGAUGCAUUUAAGGCCGUCGUCAAUGCUCGAACCUCUUUACUGAAAAACAUCAAGUAACAGUGGUCGCGCUUCAAUGCUCUAUUUCUUCGUGUUCUGUAUUUCUUAAAUGGCAUAUUACAGUCACCCAAAACAUCUUGCUGUUGAAGUCAUUGAUGAGGUCACCUGAUGCAUGUUUGUUAAAAUGUAAACUCAUAAUAUCAAAGUAUAUUUAAUAACACUGUCAAAUAUUUAUGUUGUUUAAAUAUUUAUCAGAGAAAAUGUGUAUUUAUUUAAUGUGCAAGUAAAAGAACUUUCCCAUCAAA